AAAGAAAAAAAAAAAGAAGAUAGAGAGAGAGAGAGAGAGGAAGAGAAAAGGACACUCCUUCAAGUCAGCUUUCCCUCGGUGUCUCUCCGUAUCAUCUCUGCAAAAUGCCACCUCAAGAGCCCACCUCCGCCGCCUCUACGCAGCAGUUUGCCCUGGAAUUUCGGGGCGAGGACGACGCCUGGUACGCCGUCCGUUUAGUCCUUCGCGGUGAAACUCUCACGGUCGAGUACGAAGACUUCUCCUCCGACUACAGCGACGUCUUCAAGGCAGGGGAAUUCACCACUCUCGCCGACGUCGAGAGCUUCGGACGAAGGUUCCGGCGGGUGUCCUUGCAGCUUCAGGACAGCCAGUGCGGCAAGGUCAUCCAGUGCAUGACCGUUUGUGCUUCUCAUGCCUUCAACGACGACGAUGUCCGCUUCUACGACGCUGUUGUGGAAGAGGUAGAAAACAACGAGCAUUCAUUCGAAGACGGUGAAGAGGAGUGCUUCUGCAACUUUAUUCUCUUCUGGAAAGACGGUCCCAAUGCUGGGAAUUUAACAUCUGCCAGAGUCGAAAACAUUUGCUUGAUUCAACACAGUGACCUUACAGAUCCCACGUUGGCCUCUUUCAUGAAGAAAUCAAGGGAAAAGAUUAAGACGCCUUCAAUAAAUUCAGCUUCUGAAGGUGGAGAAAAAAGAACCAUGGAAACAAGUUCUGCGAAUCAGUCCUUAAGUGUGGAUGGGACAUAUGAAGGGAGACUGAACAAUCAUCCUGAAGUGACUGAACCAGAUCGAGGGAAUACCACUGAUACCUAUAUUGAGGAAUUUGAUAGACAACAAUAUCAGAUAAUAAUUGAGAAUAUGGAGAAAGAUUUAGGUUCAUUAACAAUUGUCCAAUUCAUAUAUGAGCAAAUUCAUUUAACUCCUGAAGUGUACAUUGUCCCAAGUUUCUUAACUCAUUUCCAUCCCAGUGGAAUUGUCAUUGUGAAUGGUAGAGAGGAGCUUAAGAAGUUGAGCAGUUUCUUGAGCAACCCUGAUCACAUGAUCAUCUCCCCAAGAGGAAGGCCAUGGGUAAUGGCUGAAGAACCAAGAAGCAUAAAAGAAAAACCAUUCAUGAACUGGACUCCAUUCCCUCAGGGAGGCAAUGCAGUGAAGGUUGUCCAUUCAGGUACUGAAGAGUACAAAAGAGCUAAACGGCUUUGGGAUCUUUACAUGGACUACAGAAAGCAGGUGGCUUUGGAGCACAGGAAUUAUGAGCGGCUCGUUCAGCGAGUGGCAGCAACUGAUUCAGAUAACAAUGAGGGCUGUUGCAGAGUAAGCACAUGAAUUUGUGAAGAAGAGACAGCAACAGAAGCAUAAUGCAUGAAAAUUUUUGUCAUGGGCAGUUUCAGGCAGCCAAGUUUUUUUUUUUGUCAUAUCAUUGUGUCCCUCACAUGGCCAUAUAUAUAAUUUGAAGGGGAUUAGACUGUUUUCAAUAUGAUGCUCUCUUAGAACAUCAAACCAAAAAAAAAAAACCCUUAUUCUAAAUUAUCCCUUUUUCCUCUUGUAUGAUUUGUCUAAGAGCAUACCUACAAGUUAUGAAAGAAAAAGUUCUAUGAAUAUUUGUUUUGAAAA